AUCACCUUCCCUUAGAAUAACAGCUACGGAUGAAUAAGUUUCUCAUACCAUAAAGCGUAGGUUUAUUCUGGAGGUGGUUGGCCACUGACGCACAGCAGCAGUACAUUAGUGAAGGCAUGAAGAUAGCUUCAUUCAACGUGCAGAGGUUUGGACAGGCGAAGGUCUCAGAUCCAGAUGUGGUGUCGACUCUGGUUAAGAUUGUGUCUCGAUACGACAUCAUCCUCAUUCUGGAGGUUGUGGAUGUGAGUGGAGAUUCUGUCAAACUGUUCCUGAACGAACUGAACAGGGUCAACACAAGCCAUCACUACUCCCUGCAGCUCAGCACCCGCCUGGGAAGGACCAGAUACAAGGAACAAUUUUUAUUUCUCUUCAGGGAUGAUGUGGUCAACUUGAUUGACUGCUAUCAAUAUGAAGACAACCAGGUCAACGACAUGGAUGUUUUUGCCAGAGAGCCAUACAUUCUCCACUUCAAACCACACAACACAGUGGAGACAUUGUCCUGUGCAUUCGUCUCAGUGCUGGAGGACAUAGUGCUGAUCCCGGUCCACACCAGACCCUGGGACUCGGAGAAAGAGCUGGAUGAGCUGUACGAGGUCGUCCUGGUGGUUAAAGACAAGUGGAAAACAGAUAACAUAAUGAUCCUGGGGGACUUCAAUGCAGAUGGUGCGUAUGUCACACGUAAAGAAAUGAAGGACAUCCGCAUUCGCAGUGACAAGAAGUUCCACUGGCUGAUUGGGGAUGACGUUGACACCACUGCGAAUACUUCAAAUGAUCACACCUACGACAGGAUUGUAGUGUAUGGAGAUAACAUGCUGGCUGCUAUUGUGCCAAAUUCAGCCAAGCCGUUCAAUUUCCACACAGCGUUUGAUAUGACAGAGGAAAUGGCCCUGAGAGUGAGCGAUCACUACCCUGUUGAGGUAGAUCUACAUAUCGCUUUACCUCUCUGGAUGACUGACCACAGAUGUGACAUGGUCGAUACCCAGAACGCAUCUGUCAACAAAACCGUCAUAGAGACUUUGCAGGUCGAUGUGCUGAGACUGCAGAAGGAAAACCUCCUGCUGGCACAAGAAAAACUUCAACUUCAGAUCUCUAUAUUAAAACAGAAACUUGCCAAAAUGGAAUUAGAGGAAUGAAUAAUAGAUCUGAAACACUUCUAGUUAAGUGUUUAUGCAUUUUGAAAUAUUAUAAAUCACAUAUUUUUGCCUUUAUAUGUUUUUAAUGAGGUAAAUUACUGGUUUGAAACUGUCUGGUUUGCAUAAAACAA